GAUCUGCAUGUUUCGGAACUAGGACCUGUUGUAGGUAUCAUUCCACGUUCGUUCGUAUGGCUCCGUCCUGAGCAAAUGUUCACUAAGGAUGGACGAGCAUGGCCGUGGACGGUUUUCAGAGAUCCUCGUUCCUCAGAUAUAGAACAAGGUGUUUUGGGAGAUUGCUGGCUGCUAUCUGCGAUGGCACUCAUUGCUGAAAGGCCGGAUGUCCUGGAGCACAUACUCCUUACAAAGGAGUAUUCUCAUUGUGGUGUUUAUCAAGUGAGCUGUGGGUUCCCCUGA